CGCCGCCCAAGGUUUUGCAGUGUCCACGUGGUUCCGUUAGCUAAGAUGGCGGCAGCAGUCAGCCCGACGUCUCUUGAGUCGGCCCCGCGGAUCAUGCGGCUGGUGGCCGAGUGCAGCCGAUCCAGGGCCCGGGCAGGGGAGCUGCGGCUGCCGCACGGGCCGGUAGCCACUCCCGUGUUCAUGCCCGUGGGCACGCAGGCCACUAUGAAGGGCAUCACGGCCGAGCAGCUGGACGCCCUGGGCUGCCGCAUCUGCCUGGGAAACACCUACCAUCUGGGUCUGAGGCCGGGCCCCGAGCUGAUCCAGAAAGCCCACGGUCUCCACGGCUUCAUGAACUGGCCCCACAAUCUGCUGACGGACAGCGGCGGCUUCCAGAUGGUGUCUCUCGUGUCCCUGUCCGAGGUGACGGAGGAGGGCGUCCGCUUCCGCUCCCCCUACGAUGGCGACGAGACCCUUCUGAGCCCAGAGAAGUCCGUGGAGAUCCAGAACGCUUUAGGCUCAGACAUCAUCAUGCAACUGGAUGACGUGGUCAGCAGCACUGUGACGGGGCCACGCGUGGAGGAGGCCAUGUACAGGUCAAUCCGAUGGCUGGACCGGUGCAUUGCGGCCCAUCGGCGGCCAGACAAGCAGAACCUCUUUGCCAUCAUCCAGGGGGGGCUAGACGCGGAUCUCCGGGCCACCUGCCUCGAAGAGAUGACCAAGAGGGAUGUGCCGGGCUUCGCCAUUGGGGGUCUGAGCGGGGGCGAGAGCAAGGGCCAGUUCUGGAGAAUGGUGGCUCUGAGCACCUCAAGGCUGCCUAAGGACAAGCCACGCUACCUGAUGGGGGUCGGCUAUGCCACUGAUCUGGUGGUCUGCGUGGCUCUUGGAUGUGACAUGUUCGACUGCGUCUUCCCCACGCGGACAGCGCGCUUUGGCUCCGCUUUGGUGCCCACCGGGAACCUGCAGCUGAAGAAGCAGCAGUAUGAGAAGGACUUCCUGCCCAUAGACUCUGACUGUGCCUGUCCCACCUGCCAGAAGCACAGCCGGGCCUUCCUGCAUGCAUUGCUCCACAGUGACAACACAGCCGCCCUGCACCACCUCACUGUCCACAAUAUCGCCUACCAGCUGCAGCUGAUGAGCGCCAUGCGUGCCAGCAUUGUGGAGAAGCGCUUCCCUGACUUCGUACGGGACUUCAUGGGCACCAUGUAUGGGGACCCCACCCUGUGUCCCACCUGGGCCACUGAAGCCCUGGCCUCGGUGGGGAUCACGCUGAGUUGACCUGGCUUGGAGGAGGAGGGAAUGGGAGGUAUCAAAGGAUUUUUUUAAAUUAUUAUGCUAAUUUAGAGUGUAUCUGUGCCUUCUUGGGAAGGUGGCCUGUCUUGGUCUGCUUCUUCCUCUGAGUGUCACUGUGGCCAAUGUGUCGUCACCGUGUUGUGUCUCCCCCCCGCCCCCCACCCUCUGUUGAUAAUAAUAAGUAACUAUAGCAGCAGCUGAUCCCUGGAAACCACCUGGUGCGGUCCAGCAUGGAAGAUGUACCCCAGCAUGGGAGCUGCAUCCUGUUUCCUGUGGCUCAGGCCCCCCAGCCACCCUGAGGGUGGGCACUUGUUUCCCCACUUUUCACAGGUGAGGAAACAGGUGUAGAGGGAAAGUAGCUUGCCCAGGGUCACCACUGAGAAGUAGCCCCCGCCGGCUCCAGAGCUCAUGCUCUGAGCCUUGACUCCUUAAUUUUCCUGUCAGUAAACAGUGAUGGUGACAGUAGGUGUGAUCUAGCAGGUGCUUAAACUGUGCCUGGUACUGUUCUAAGUGGUUGUGGUGUGUAUUUAGUUCUUACAACUUUAUGAUGCAUGUGUAGCUGCAUUCCCUGUUUCACAGAUGAGGACACAGGUUCAGAGGAAUGAAGUGACCAAAUAAAUAGUCGCAUGAUCUAACCUAGAUGGGGCCAAUUACGGGCUAGUGUUCUUAGAAGAUAAGGGUUUUUAUAUUGAAAAAGUAAUCCAUGUGUACAAUGUGUAGGAUCCACUAUUCUAAUCGCAUAAAAAUGCAACUAUUUGAUCAGUU